CAUUGUGACUCGGGCUGUCGCCGUCGUCGCACCGCAACUCGAACGGCUCCACACGCGCGCUCAGUCAGCUGUUCUCGACACGACUCCGCGAGGUAACUCGAGGCCUAGAUAAGCCGCUGUGCGGUGUAGCAUGGAGCUGUUGUGCGCGGAACGCGUGAGCCCCGGCAGCGAGCGGGCGAAGGCCGGCCCGACGCCCGCCGCCGCCGCCGACCCCGUGCUGCUGCGCCGGCGCGUGCUGGACAACCUAUUGCGCACCGAGGAGAGCUACGCCGUCACCGCCAAUUACUUCGGCACCGUGCAGACCGAGAUCACCCCUCAUAUGCGCCGAGUGGUCGCCGAGUGGAUGUUAGAGGUUUGCGAAGAUCAGAACUGCCAGGAAGAGGUGUUCACGCUGGCGAUGUCCUACCUUGAUCGGUUCCUUAGUACCUGCACGGUUGGAAAAAGUCAGCUCCAACUGCUGGGCACGGCCUGUUUGCUGCUAGCGUCCAAGCUACGGGAACCGAGUUCGCGAGGCCUCCCUGCAGAUUUACUGGUCUUCUACACGGCAAACAGCAUUACGAUUUCGGAUUUAUGCAGCUGGGAAUUGCUUGUGCUGUCGAAACUGAAAUGGGACGUCGCAGGAGUGACGGCUCACGAUUUUCUACCACUCCUGAUAUCACGAUUGCCACUCCGUGGUGGACGUGUCACCAGUGAAAUGGUGCAGAGGCACGCCCAGACCUUCAUCACAGUAGCCGUGAGAGAUUACGAGUUCACGUUAUACUCGGCGAGCACUCUCGCGGCGUGCAGCAUAGCGGCCGCUUUGCGAGGCCUAGAAUUAGACGGACACCUGCCUCGAUUACACGAACUGACAGGCAUCGAUUUGGACUGCUUACAAACGUGUCUGGAGCAAAUGGAGGAGCUGGUGCAGGGUUUGAUUGAGCGGGUAGUGUCCGUCCCAAACGGACAGAGCCGGGAGGCGUCGGGCUGGACGCCUCCUCCGAGCCAAGACAAGCCCCACAAUAACGCUGCCACACCCACCGACGUCAGAGAUGUCCACUUCUGAAAUUGUCGCUUUAACUUCGGUGCAGUACGAAAAUACUAUAAACUAGAACAUUUGAACGGUGUAUCCGUGAUCGAGGACUGAUACCAAGACUGACAAUGUGUCUAACAUAAGUACCUACUACUUAUCGUGUAUAAUUUUUAUUUAAGAACGAAGUUUAUCUUGAUAGUUGACGUCGUUUGGCCCUUUGUGCUUCUUGUAAAUGAGCGCCCAGUCUUCACAUUUCUUUCGCACGAGUGAGGCGCGUUAAAUAUCGUAGGAAAUUAAUCACCGAUAGAAUUUUCUAUUAGUUCAUAAUAGGUAUCUUGAAAUUACGAUCUACCUCUUUAUUCAUAGGAAACAAUUUUCAUUAUCGCCUGAAACGAUAAUAUUAUACAUUUAUUAUUUAAUAUAAGGUUUUGGUAUGCGAUAAUCAAAAUAUCUAAUCUAACUUACAAUUAUAACGAAAUUGCUAAAUCAUAACUCACGGGACCAAAGUGAAUUCUUCGUAGAGAAAACAUACGAGAUCCUUUUAAUUAAGUAUAUCGUAUUGCAGUCCAUAUAUUAUUAUAUUCUUCCCAAAUAACUUAAAUAUUAUAUUAUCUUGUUGAAAAAAACAUUUAUGUCACAUGGCAGAAUCAUAUUUUUUUUAAAUAUGCAUUUUAAUCACAGUAAAAGUAUAUCGGGGGAAGGCAAUAUAUUACGCUUGAAUGUUGCAACUUUAAAUAUUAUAUUCAAGAUUUAAAAUACAUUUAACAGAAAUAUAAUGGUAUUACCAACACUUGCACAGUAUAUAUAGAUUAUUUGAUAUAUUAUAGUAGAAGGACAAGGGCUACAUGAAAGUUAUAUUAUUUAUAAGAUGACAAAAUAAAGAUAGUUCUUAAAUUGUUCAGAAUCGUUGUUCCUUUUUGACACUGAACCAACAGGUAGUUUUAAGUGCCUAAUAUAUAAUGUGAUAGUUUAACUAACAGUUUAAACUUGAUUUCAUAGUCACUUCCAGUCAUAAUAUGUUAACGUAGGAGUACUAUGUUAUGUUGUAAGGUAAUAUAAGCAAAAUCUGAAAUAAAAGAAUUGUGAUUCAAUUAUUAUUAAUAGAAUAUAUUAGAUAUAGAGCGUUUCCAUACAAUAUUGUUCCUAAUACUUUGACUUUUGGAAAUAGGUAAACACACGGCGAUAGAUAUUAGAACUAGGUUUUCGUACUUAAUGGUUCUAUUCUGUUGUAGAUAGGAAUUUAGUAUAGACGAUUUAAGUUUAACUUUAAAAUGUGAUAGUUUCCACAGAUAUUAUAAUAGAUAUAAUUGUGUGUAAGUACGGGUGGCGUAGUUAGCUAACUUAAGGAUUGCUAUAAGUCGUGUGCAUUUAAAAGAAUUAGUUAUUUUAAAUAGUUUAGUCCAACGUCUUCCAUGUAAGUAAGCUUCGAAUGUAGCCGCAGCACGGCUCACAUAUAUUUUUGUUCUACUUUAACAUUUUCUCUAUUUUAUUGGGUUAACUUUGUAAAUAUGAAAGUGUACAUAUAAAGUAUAUUUGCUGUAAGCAUUUGGUGCCAUAAGUAAAAUGACUAUAAAGUAUUCCUCAUAAUCGAUAUUAAUGAGCGACCUAACUGUUAUAUACCUUUAAAAAUUUAUCUGCAAUUUGAGUAGUUUCGUUUAACGGACGAGGAAUGUAAAUAUGUCGGUUGUGGUGAACACACAAAUAUAUCGUUUCACAGAAUAACAUCUUUUAUAUCUUAGUAUUCUAUUGUUUGUGAAACUGGGGAAACGAUUCGCUUAGUCUUGACCUAGAAUUAUUUUUGCUUUUGGCUUUGGAUAGGCUUUAAGCUCUUAGUUUAGAUUAUAAGUUCGAGGAAUAUAUUAAGAAAUAAGUACUGAACAUGGAAGUAGGCCGUUCGCCCUUCUCACAACUGACGUGAUCUUAAAAAUUUGCGCACAUACGUCGAAAUUCGAAAGAUCAAAAAUAUUUUUAAGCUGAAUGUGGUUUGACACUGAUUUGAUUUUGUGAUGUAUUUUUAAGUAUAUUAUCUGUAAUAAAAGUUCGUUGACUUUAAUAUGUUGUAGAUAAUCGAAAUCUGCAAUAAAAAUGUUCAAAAUUAA